AUGAAAUGUUGGGAUGCGAGACUAAAUAAUAGACCGACUUCUGAAGAAAUACAUGACAUCUUAAGAAUAUUGAAUGAUGAUAUUUUAAAAGAUAAUUUCACAGAAAUUGAAGAAUAUACUAGCAAAUACAUUGAAUAUACUGGUCAUCAAUUACCGAUAAAUACAUUGGAUUAUGAUGAAAAACUUGGUGUAUUAG